CGGCCAAAGCCAGACGCAUGCCAGCGCUGCCGGAGGUAGGGAGGCUGGGUGUGUGUGUGUGUGUGGAGGAUCGACACCCCGUCGCCCAGAUCCUCAGAAUUCGGGUGCAGCACAUCAGACGGGCAGAGAGAUUCCAGGCUGAGUUUCGGCCUGAACCAGCAGGUGUCCUUUGGCAAGGAAGAACCUCGGGCAGCAGACCAGGGGGGGUGUAUUGGGUUUGGCGGUCAUGCAAUGGGGGUGUUUCUGUGCCCAGGGGACCCUAGCAAGCAAAAAGGGUCUCCUUAAGAGGAGGGGUGUUUUUUGUGCGUUUCCCCCAAAGGCCAGCCCAGGUUCUCCAAGGAAAGAAGAAGUCGAGGGUGCAGAUUUCCUGGGUCCUCGGCCCUGAGAAUCUGGGUGCAGGAAUCCUGCAAGGGUUUUUUUUGCCAAUUUUGGAGCUGCCAGGCCGUUUUUGGAGAGCAGGGACGGCGGUCCGGCUGCUAUUCCAGGCCCCCCCCCCAUAUGGCAAAGACCAGCCCACGGCGGGGGUCCUCUCUGCCGGCCGCCAUCUGGGUGAGCGGGUUCAUCCUGGGGACGGUCUUCCUGGCCUGCCUACUCAUUUUGAUCUCCACCCAAUGCCGCCUGGAAGCGCUACGCGGAGAGCUGUCCCAGCUGCGAAGGGAGGUGAGAUCCGCAAUGCACGGGACGGCGGGGGGCCAGGACGCCCCCAGACCAUGCCAGAGUCUUGGAAAUCUUCCAGAGAGGUCUCCCACACAGCUGGAAAGGAGGAGGAGGGAUACUGGAAGAACCCCCCAGGACUCGCCACGGCCACGUCCCCGCAGAAAGCAGUCCGUCCUGCAUUUGGCUCCCCUCCGACAUUCCAACAGUGAAGAUGGAUUUGCCACAGAAAUAUGGUGGAAGCCUUUCCUCCAGCAAGGCCGAGCCCUGGAGCUGAGCGGACGGGACGUGAUGGUGAGGCACACGGGGCUUUACUUCGUUUACAGCCAGGUGCUGUUCCAUGACCCCACCUUUACUAUGGGGCAGGUGCUGUGGCGGGAAGCUCCUGGGAAGCCCGGCCAAAUCCUGUUCCGCUGCGUCCAGAGCAUGCCCCCAAACCCAGAAAAGGCCUUCAACAGCUGCUAUAGUGGAGGGAUUUUCCACCUGCAGCCUGGAGACCGGCUGAACCUCCGCAUCCCUCGUUUCAACGCAUCGUUUGACCUGACUGGCCAUGGGACCUUCCUGGGGUUUCUCCGUCUAUAGUGGGCUUCUCAGGGGGGGCACCACGAAAGACAUCGGGGCCAAAGUGUCAGGGCACGAGUGCGGACGGUGUUUGACCCAGGUACCCCACACCUCCGAGAGGGUCCAGAAGGUGGGAGAAAGGCUGCGCCGGUGACCGGCAAUCAAAGACUUCUCCGUUCUGCUCCGAGCUUCGAGGGGCUGAUGGGGGAGACUCUCUGGGGACCAGGGGGGUGGGGUGAGCUGGUAUUUGCCGCAGGAAGCGAGGUGAAGAGCUUAGGCCAAGCUGAGCUGCUCGAGAACGUCUCUGACCCUCCUUUCCCCAAGAUGCCAGAGUCUUUCCUGGCCUGCAGUGAGAGCACAAGGCACCCGGGAUUAUCAUAGAAUCAUAGAGUUGGAAGAGACCACAAGGGCCAUCCAGUCCAACCCCCUGCCAAGCAGGAAACACCAUCAAAGCAUUCUGGACAUAUGCCUGUCAAGCCUCUGCUUAAAGACCUCCAAAGAAGGAGACUCCACCACACUCCUUGGCAGCAAAUUCCACUGCCGAACAGCUCUUACUGUCAGCUCUUACUGUCAGGAAGUUCUUCCUAAUGAUUAAAAGAGCAACAGCACGUUCUUUGACAGUCUGCUGUCCGCCAAGAACAAAAAUGGAUUUUCCAAGCCCUUAUGGUCACUACUUUGAGCUUGGAAGGAUAAAAUACCCAGCAUCUAUCACGCAGCAGCCUAAAGACCUCAACGCCUGCCUGCAUUGGAAUGCACUUUCUAUAAACACCAUUUCCCUUUGGAUACCUUUUCAGACAUUUGGAUGGCGUAUACCGACUUGUAAACUAAGAUGGAUAUACUGCAAUGUUGUUUAUUGUUCUGUUAAAAGUGAGCUUACAGAGGGUUAUUUUUUCCCCUGCCCCCUCCUUUCCCCUGCCGAUUAAUUUUUCAAUUAAAGUACGAUUCCAAAGCACACACAAACGGCGUCCUCCAUGUUUUGGACUACAGUUCCCAUCAUCCCGAAGGAGCGCGGCCCAACUCCCUGGCUCUGAUGGGUUUUGUAGUCCAAAACAUGGCGGACACCAGUUUGGUGAAGGCUGAUUUAAGAAUAUACGAAGAACCUGCUGGAUCAGUCCGGUGCAGGACCUGAACACAAGACCGCUCUCCCUUCCUGUGGUUUCCAGCAAUUGAUAUUCAGAAGAAUCGCCCAUAGCCCUCUCCUCCUCAAUGAAUUUGUCCCAUCCUCUUUCAAAGCUGCCCAAGUUGGUAACCAUCCCUGCCUCCUGCAGCAGGGAGUUCCACAGUUCUGCUCUGCGCUAGUGGUCAAAAUUGUGGAAACCUUUUGGAGAAAGGGUGUUUCUGAAGUUUGAAGGCUCAUAACACCAUUUUCUUUUGGAGUAACACCAUAAAAUUAUAUAUCAGUGGAAAGAUAACUUAAUGAAGAGUGUAAUGCGAGAAAGUUUGUUCAAUUAUAUGUAUUCUAUCAAAAGUUAUAGCCAAAUAACCAGAAAAAGGAGAGUUUAGGAGACCCAAUCAGGUGUUAUCUUGUUGUGGCAAUCAUGGCUCAUAACACCACUUUUUGGGGAGUAAUACCAUGAAACUAUAUAUAUCAAUGGAAAUAUAUUUUAAUGAAGAAUAGUUCUAGUUACAGGUAGGUAGCCGUGUCGAAGCAAAAUAAAAAAAUUCUUUUAG